UCAGAGCUAGUUUGGCAAUGGUCAAUUUCUCUUAAUUGCGAGAGCCUAUACAAUUAUUACAACGUACCGACUGGACUAAGCAACUUACUAUAUUUUUCAUUCGCUUGGUUUAGAAAUGUUUGAUCUACCUGUAAACAUUCAGCUCCAAUAUAUUUAAAAUACGCCAAAUGUGUCUAACGCUCAGAAAACAUUGACAAUUAACAGAAAUCUUCCAUUUUGUGUAGCAAAUGGUCUGGAUAUAGAUAUAUAGAUGGCAUAGAUAUACUGCAUGAGAUGUUUCAACUUUCAAGCCUCAAUUUGUAUCGGGUUUUCCAAUUGUUGGGUAUGCAGCGCAAGUAAAGACUCAUGGGAAUUCAGUCAGCUGAACUCGGCAGUCAUGGCAACAAAUGCAGCAGACAGCUCACUCCAGGAAAUAACUUUCUCUGCAACGUUUCAGGUGUUUGUUUGAGAGAUAUGGUAGGUGAAAGUUGUUGUCAAGUAAGUUAUUGGCAUUAGCUUUGGCAUAAGUUCAACGAGUAACGUUAGCGAGAUACAGACCUAAUAGUUUGACACUCGGAAAAAAGAACGAGCGUCAACGUUAAUUAGCUAGCUAGGUGAAGUUGAUAGCUGGUAGGCAGGCUAACUAAGCUGCUAGGUUGCUUACUUCGCAUGUGUAGCUAGGCUAAGUAGGUUGUGUUCUCAUGAUGUGAACAACAUGCAAGUUGGCUUGUAACGUACCGCAAUUGUUCGGUUGCCAACUUAACGCUCUAGCUAGCUAAGUGGUUCACGACUAUGUCCGGGGAGCGAGCACCUUUGCCAGCCGGGGGCUUACUCCGCGGGGGCCGCACGAGGUCUUACGGCAGUUUGGUCCGUUCUCCGCUCUCUCCGGUUCGCCAGAGACGCAUUGAACACAACAUUCAGCCAGGAGAAACACUACAGGGCUUGGCCCUGAAAUAUGGAGUGUCGAUGGAGCAGAUCAAAAGAGCAAAUAGGCUGUACACCAAUGACUCGAUAUUCCUGAAAAAGUCCCUGUUAAUCCCUGUGCUGUCAGACUUGGACCACUGUAAUAACGGGGUGGAUUUGGUUGAAGAGAACAGUGAAGAAGACUGUGCCUCUGCUCAAAAUGGGCACACAGGGAGCUCCUCUGAGAUGAAGCAAAAUGAUGGCAAAGAAAGGGUGUCAGACCUUACUCCAGUGGAUUUUUUGAAAAGGCUGGAUGGCUUGAUAAAUCAGUCCAAGCAGGCUGCUGUCAAAGGAUGCCAGGAAGCAGAGCAACGGGUUGCCGCCCUAGAAGCAGCUUGCACCAGCCGGACAUCAGACUGUCGGCCGCUUACAAGGUCGCAAAGUGUCAUUUUGUCUUCCAGAGUGCAGCAGCAGCAGGCAUCACAUGUGGCGGUACCCGUAACUAUCACCAAACUCACUAAGAAACUGAGAGACCACGAAGAUGAGAUCUUCCAGCUGUGACAUGUUGUUCUUGCUGUUGCACUCUUGAUUAUUAAAGAAACUUUCCCAGAAAGCCACAUCGCAUGGUUUGGCCUCCAGGAUAAUAGAGAAUUAUAGAUCAAGUGAUCCUGUUGCUGAAUGGACUUAAAAGUAUUUUCAUAUUUGCCAUUUAAUGUAGACCUUUUUCUUUUAAAAGGUUUUUGAAAAUGAAUAUUGCACUUGUAGCCUUAUUUCUUUCGUGAGACAAACUGUAGAUUAUGUCAGAGGUUAGCUGUGUUUAGCUUAUUUUCAACAGCAGGAAACAAGAGCGUGAAAUAUCGAAAAUGAGAAUUCACAGUCACAAGUUGCUUCAGUCAUGACUCUUGAUAUUGUCAACUCAACAAGUGGUUUGUGUGUAAUGCUACCUCACAGCUCGAUAAUGCAAAGAUAGCCAAGUUUUGUGACUAAAGCCUUUAGCCAUGGUAUAAAUACAUAGACCUGUGUUUACUGUAACAUUAGCACAACGUUGCUCAUAAAUUGAUCUCUCUCGGUUACUGCUGAAAAAUUUAAAUUAUAAUGUAGCCAAAGUUUAGAAAAGAGACAUAUAUUUUGAAAGCAAUCUUUUUAUUAUGUUGUAUUCAUAUUUAUUUUCAUUUAAUAUAGUUCUUUUUAGAAAAAAAAUCCAUCCCAUGUUUAGGUUCAUAUGUAUGUAUGUAUGUAUGUAAAUGUUGACUCAAGCAUUUGAUCUUUAAAAAACACUUUCUGUAAUUUAAUAGUUUAACUGACUUUUAUCCACAUUGUUGCUUACACAAAGAAGAAAGUGAAGUGUCCGUCAGGGCUUAAUUUUUCCCCCUUGUCUGUUUUUUUUUUAUGUCUUUGUAAUUAAACCCAAAGAACAACACCUGUCUUAAUCUCAGCCAAUAUCUGUGAUCCAAUCUUCAGAAAAACAUGAAUUAUAGGAUUGACAUUCAAGCUUGUGCAGUCAACACCAUUUAAGAGUCAGUCUUUUUGUUGCUGCAGAGCUUCUAAACAUGUUUUGAAGCUGA